GAAACUACCCUUUCUCUCUCAACAAAACAAACAAUCUCCUAUAAUUUCAAAUCUCUCUCUCAUUUCCACUCUGUCCUCCAGAAAAAGAAACAGAAAGAAACGAAAAACCACACACCAUUUUCACGACGCCCUAGAUUUCCUCCGAGGAUGGCCUUCAUCUCUUUCCUCGGCAGAGUCCUCUUCGCUUCCGUUUUCAUCCUCUCUGCAUACCAAGAAUUCAAUGAAUUUGGAGUUGAUGGUGGACCUGCUGCUAAAUCACUCAGACCAAAGUUUGAUACCUUUACAUCUCGAGUCCAUUCCCAAGUUGGCUUUCAACUUCCAGAGAUUGAUAUCAAAGUUUUAAUUGCUGGGGCUAUUGCUCUGAAGGGUGUUGGAGGGCUUCUUUUCAUAUUUGGCAGCUCUUUUGGAGCUGUGCUGCUGCUCUUGCAUCAGUUGAUUGCUACUCCAAUCCGCUAUGAUUUUUACAACUUUGACAAUGAGGAUAAAGAGUUUGCUCAACUUUUCAUCAAAUUUACACAGAAUAUGGCUCUUUUUGGGGCUCUUUUGUUUUUCAUUGGCAUGAAAAACUCCAUUCCCAGAAGACAGCCCAAGAAGGCUCCAAAAACAAAAACCUAUUAGUAGCAGUGUUGGAGGAUCACUUCAAGGAGUGUCUGAGGUUUUUCCCUGGUUCUUCACUGUAUCCGCUUGGGUAUUCUGGUUCAGAGUCAAUCCCUUUUGAGCUUUGUAAUUUUGGCUUCACUCUCAGAUUAAAUUACUGGCUAGUAUCAUUGUUAUUAUUUUUCAUAUGAUUUGGAAGCACAGGGUUAGGAAACUAUGUUUCAAUUGCUAAACUUGUCUUUGAAAAGGUGAAAACAAUAGGAUUAGAGGCUUUGCGCUUACUACAGGGUGCCAAUUUCAUUACGUUCCUGUAAUUUUGAUGUGAGGUCCUCAAAUUCUGGCCCUUUGUUACUAUUUGACAUAACUGAGUUCUCCACCUUGGCCCUUGAA